GCGUUGGAAACUCAAAACAUGAGCGCGGCAGUUCGAUCGGUAUGCCUCGUCCCAUCAGGCUUGCUCAAUUUUGAAGGCAAGAUCAUGCCGAAUGCCCAUACAAUUGUCGACGAUGUGGACUCUCCCGGCAGCGAUCGCGAGCUCAUUGUGGGUUCCAUGUCGGGAAAGCUCGCAAUAUUCAAGGGCCUAUCGACGUGCGACAGCGCGUGCACCUUGACCGUGGAUGGUUGCAUCUCGUCCAUCGUGACUCUCCCGGUUGUGCAAGCACUGCCAGCGUCCACAAAGUUGUUCAUUCUCGUCAUGACUGCGGAAGGCACGUGUGAAGUUUUGCGCCGCGCCGUCGAUCAGGGCGCGUUGGCGUUGCACAAACACUCGCAAUUCGCCAUUCCUCUCAAUGUGAGCGCCGCCGAGAUGUUAAGUCGGUCGUUGCUGGUUUUGGGGACAAGGGACUCUUCGAUUCACUUUAUGGACGUGUCCCACCUGGACGCAGUGAAGGAAGUUUUCAAGCACCACGUUCCCGGCCAAGUCGAAUCAUUCUUUCGAAGCAGCCCCCUUGAUGGCUCUGCUCUCGCUGAAUCCACACAAUCGUCCUUCGAACAUGACCCCGACGACGAACCGUCGCUACUCGUGUCGUUGCACACGGGGGAUGUCCUUCAUGUGACUCAAACUACGUCGACGGUGUUGGAGCAAGGAGACAGUCUGCAGUGCGGGAGGGCGUACGUGCUGAGCGGCGUCCAGGCCAAAGGCGCGUCUGCGUGCGACGCCUUCGGGUACUUUAACGGCCACGUCAAACUCAAAGAUGCUGGAACGGGUGCGCUCCGGUGGAGCAUCCAGUUGCCCGACGCGCUGCUGGCCAUGGCGACGAUUAAUUUGUUUCAGGACGGAGAUGAAGAAGUCAUGUUGUGUUGCUGGAACGGGGACGUGUUCAUUGUUAACGCGGCGGGGUCCCAGCUCAAGUUUACCAUCCCGUUUAGCGUCUCGGCUUUCUUCUCGGGCUCGUUUGCAACAGCGACGGACCGAGGCGGCGGCAGCGACGACGUUCUCUUUUGCGCCACGACGUCGGGUGGAAUUUUGUAUUAUGUUGGAAUGGGCCAAUCCAUUCGCCACAUCCGACAUGACAGUGUGCUUGACGAAAUCAAGCACUCGACGCUGUUCAGCUCGAUCGAUACACCACUCAAGCGCCGGUCCGUGCUGGCGGCACUCCAGCGUCGAUGGCCGUCGGCGUACCGAGCCUUGUCACACCAGGCACUGAGUGACGACGAUGACUCGACUGCCCCGACGCUGCAGCAAUGCAUUCGCGCGUGUGUUUAUGCGAGUAACUCAAUCUUUUCCCAGCCACCAACACCGGUAGCCCCUGUCGUGGAGGCGGCUGCAGACCCGAUUCCCACUGAUAUUCCGGCUGCCGCCGACGACGACGUAUCCAGCGGAGAGGAAUGCCGUGUCGGCAACUCUCUUGAAGUGGCGGGCGAUACUGUCGAUGGCACUGAAUCAGCGCAGCUCGCGACGGAUCCAGCAGAUGACGAACUCACACGAGGCGACGAAAGGGACAUUGUCCAGGACGAUAACUCCGUACAAGCACCAAGCACAUCCAUUCAACCUACCACGGCCACUGCCUGUGAGGACCUGGUGCCAUCGCAAGAAAUAGCUGGAGAAAGACCACUCAUAUCCGCGCCGCAAAGUCCACAGAAAGACUAUGCUGCAGAAGUCGAUGACGGCACACACGAUCCAGCGCUCGAACAAUCCAUUGAAGCAGCGACAAUACCUACCGCGGCAGACAACACCCCUUUCUCCUAUGGCAAGUCCGUGAACGGCAUCGUUCACGACCACCCGUCCUCGCCUCUGGCGGCGGCUUCACCAUUACCGUUCAGCAGAGGUGACGAAUCUUCUGCCCAUCCGCAAGCAACACAAUCCCCCGCGACACCGACAAACCAGCGGCGCCGAGGGCGCGGGAAAGGGCCGAGCCGUCAAAAAAAGAGCGAUGCAUAACGAAUGAUCCAUCGCGGUCAGUUGAGCAGCUAGUAAAUCAUAUUGGCCAGGGUUACAACGUCCUCGACGGUCUUGGGGCUUUGCAUGAGCAGGCGGCAUACAAAUUGCUUGGUCAAGUCGAUGGGUGUUGGCUGGAACGUCCGGUCGCGCGCAGCGGUGCUGCCGCCCCUCGACUGCUUCCAAAACGUGUCGUACGCGUGGAAUGAGACAGAGAAGAGUUCGUAGAGCCCGAUGGGGUCCUCAAACACUUUCCAGUACACUUCGUCGCGCUCGAGAAAGCGCCCCGAGUCGAGAUCCAGCACUUCCACCAGAAUAGACGCCACAUUCAGCCCAACCAUAGCGUAUGGGUACCCUCCGUGGCGCAUGUCUUCCGAGGCACUGCGAUGGACGUCCGUGAAGAAGGCGAGGGCAUAAAGGCCUAGAACUCCGCAAGAUUUAAGCGUUGCCCCGGGAUCUUCUGACGGAAACCCGCCUUCUUUGAUCCAAGUCGGCGAUGUCCUUGCAAAUGGAGCAUCACCUGCAAGCGCUCCCCACAGCCGCCGCAACUGAUCCAUGUGUUCGCGAUUUGAGUCGGAGAAAUAUAUGCGGGAGAGCGACGACCCCGCGGCCAACUGCUGCAGUGCCGCUGCUGAUGGCUUCUCGGCACCCGACUGUGAGCCAAAGUACCGGCCAGCCGUGAAUUCGACAGUCUCCCAAACCUUGGCCGUCGUCUUGUUCAGGUGGUGCUUAGUAUUCUUCCACAAAGCAUUCAGUUGCGGUGUUGUCGAGAUCGAAGAUUGCUUGGAUCUGGACGACCGUUCAUAGUCUCCCGAUGCGUCCUCGCCACUGGACUCGCGGAAACUUGCCUGAUACGCCUCGAGUUCGUUCGCGUUGUCCACCUGCGAGCUAUACACCGGGUACUGUUCCGGCAUCGACGACACCUGCAAGACUUUCAAAAGCGCGUCGUCAGGUACGACUGCCGACUCAUCGACGAGGUCGCGCCAGACGUAGUUUCCUCCAGACGUCACCUCCUGGACGCGGAAGUGGAAACGGCCUUCAAAGGGAAAGUGGCUGCGCACAACCUUCAGUGUAGGAGACGGCUCCACCGGGAGCAGGACACUAAAGGGCUCAUCUUCUUCAGCGCCACAGAAGACGAAGCGGCACUGCCGCAUCUCAAACUUCGUCCCACCCAUGUGUCCGUCGAGGCUUACCGUCCGAAGCUGCGUAUCUUGUAUAUUUCCACUAGCAAAACUUCGCCACAAAGUAUUCAAAAUAUUUGUCGAAAGGAAAUAUAUAUUUCCAUCCAGAGAAAUAAAUAAUCGAGAAAUUUUC